AUGUACAGGACUAGGACUGUGCAGACUACCAACAACGCGCUCCUGGUAAACCUGGCCGCCAACGACCUAUUGAAAUGCUCUCUGGACACCUCGCUCUUGCUUUCUGUGCUACUGGAGGGGAGGCGAGAGCAGCAGUUCACCUAUGCCCUCUGCAGUUGCGUUCAGCUGCUCACCCUGGUCAGCAUCAGCAUAGAACGGGUCCAGGCCAUCGCUUUCCCGUUUCACAACAAGAAGACGAAGGCCAGGAUUCAGGUUUGGAUCCUCGCCAUCUGGGCUUUCGGGUUACUUCUAGCCAUGUGCCGUCGUCACGUAGACAAACACGCGGACCGGUUUGGCGCAUAUAUUUUGGUUCCAGUGUGGGGUUGCAGCCUAACAUUAAUAGUUAUUCACUACGUGCGGAUAUUUAAAGUAGUCAGGCAACACGGUAACAAAGUGUCAGACCGCGGGAUUCAGCUGAGGCCCUCUGUGUCGAGGCACAUCUGGAGUUGGCAGAACUCUGUUGUUUCAGCACCGCGGAUAGCACCGGGGCACACGUUCAAAUCCUUAGCAGCGGCUGGAGCGUCGCGGAUUCUGCAACUCCCACGGUGCACAGUGAUCACAGUGUCUGAGGAGUCCAGCACCCCUUCAGCGGAGAAAGCUCAGGAGAGAGUGAGGGCCGUGUGUCUCCUCACCCCCACCGCUAGGGAGAGGGGACAGAAGAGGACAGAGCGGAAACUGGCCAAGCGCUUUGGGUACAUCAUCAUCACCUUCACUCUCUUCUGGAUGCCCAUGGUUGUGAUUCUGCUAAUACAUGUCAUCGUGACGAGGAGCAGAGACUCACAGAGCUGGGUCUUGAAGGAGCUGGAGACCUCAGCCAUGGUCCUGACCUGUGUCCCUGCAGCUGUGGACCCCCUCAUCUACACCAUGGUCACCAGACAGUUCCGCUCUGAGUUCAGCAAGCUGAUCUCCUCACUCCUCUGCAGGGGCUGA